CAUUCCAGCCUCCCUCCGGUCUGAUUUGCUGCAUUCUGAGCGUGUGUGUUUGAUUGAGGUUAGCUGGUAGCUUCGCAGAGAUGGCCGCGGACAAGCAGAGCGAAGCUAAACCUUCUCUCACAGAAGAAAAUAAAGAAAAUCUACAUGAAGGAGGUCUGGGCCUCGAAAUUUUGCAAAUCAUCAAGGAGUCCCAGCAGCAGCAUGGCCUCAGACAUGGAGACUACCAAAGAUACAGGGGCUACUGCUCUCGAAGGCUGCGGCGGCUUCGAAAGACUCUUGGCUUCAAAAUGGGCAACAGACACAAGUUUGUUGGAAAGAAAGUCACCGUGGAAAUCCUCUCUGAUAGCAGGUAUCUGUUACUGGUUCUGAUGGAGGCAGAGCGAGCUUGGAGCUACGCCAUGCAGCUGAAGCAGGAGGCCAACACAGAACCGAGGAAGAAAUUCCACCUGCUCGCCCGAUUACGCAAGGCUGCCAAGCACAGCGAGAAGCUGGAGAAGCUCUGCGAGAGCCCGCGCGUCGACGCCAAGACCAAGCUAGAAGCACAGGCCUACACUGCGUACCUGAAUGGGAUGGUUCACUUUGAGCUGCAGGAGUGGAAGCUUGCCAUGGAGGCCUUCAACAAGUGCAAGACCAUCUAUGAGAAACUGGCCAGCGCCUUCACCGAGGAGCUGGCGGUCCUGUAUCGACAGCGUGUGGACGAGAUAUCGCCCAACAUCCGCUACUGUGCUUACAACAUAGGUGACCAGAAUGCCAUCAAUGACUUGAUGCAGAUGAGGCUGACUGGAGGAGGAGGAGGCAUGAUGGCUGAAAAGCUAGAGGCCCUGAUCACUCAAGCAAGGACCAAGCAGGCAGCCACGAUGAGCGAGGUGGAGUGGCGAGGCCGGACCGUUCCUGUGAAGAUCGACAAGGCGCGGAUAUUCCUCCUGGGUCUGGCAGACAACGAGGCCGCCAUUGCUCAGGCCGUCAAUGAGGAGACCAAAGAACAUCUGUAUGAGACCCUGCUGGCCGAGUGCAGAGACACCAUCCAGGCUGUGAGAGAGGAGCUGAAGAGCGAGGCGAAACAACGUGAUAGGAGCUCUGAUAACGAAAGCGGGAAAAUAAGCAACCUUCAGUUCCUGCACAGUUAUCUGACCUACAUCAAGCUGUGCACGUUGGUGAAGAGAAACGAGAGCAUGGCUCACACCCUGCAGGCUAAACUGAAGGAGACCGGGGCUGACGAGAACAAGAGGGGGCCCCGCCCACAAGAUCUGAUCCGGCUUUACGACAUCAUCCUGCAGAGUCUGGCUGAGCUCUCCACCCUGCAGGGACUCGAGGAUGACCACACCUUCCAGAAGGAGGUGUCCCUCAAGACGUUGGUCUACAAGGCCUACAGGUGUUUCUUCAUAGCCCAGUCUUAUGUUCUGGUGAAGAAGUGGAGCGAGGCGCUGGUUCUGUAUGAGAGGGUGCUGAAAUAUGCCAAGGAGGUCCAGUCCAAAGCCAAGAAUCUGAACAAUAGCCUGAAGGAUCUCCCUGAUGUCCAGGAGCUCAUCGCUGAGGUCAACGCUGAGAAGUACUCGCUUCAGGCCGCCGCUAUUCUGGACACUGAUGAAACGCCUGAAGUUAGCUCUCAGCAGCAGGUGAAAGACAACAGGCCUCUGUGUGAGCACCUGGACAACUUCCACCUGGACAAGACUCUGGUUGGAAAACACCCCAGUCUGGUCCAGUUCCCCCCCGAGUUCCAGCCCAUCCCCUGCAAGCCUCUGUUCUUCGACCUUGCCCUCAACCACGUGGCCUUCCCACCGCUGGAUGACAAGGUGGAGCAAAAGGGCAAAGGCGGCCUGACCGGCUACAUCAAGGGCAUCUUCGGCUUUGGCAGCUAAGCUAAAGCCCCGAACAAGAAGCCAACAAAGGCCCCGCCCCCUCCAAGCUGAUCAAAAACGUGCCUAUUUCUGAAAAUCGGUGGCGUCUGCAGUCGUUGGGAGAGAAUCAAAUCUGCAUCAAGUAGCAAUAUGACCCAUCUCCACCUGGAGCCUGUAAUCCCAUCAGAGCCAGUAAUCUAGUUAGAAGCUUCUAGAUUAAAAGGCUUAAGACUCAAAAUAUUCAGAUUCAACAGAUAAUUGAAAAUGAACUUCAUUUUCUUAGGCAGUUUGCAGUUUGAUUUCUUACCAUCAAAGACGGUUUCUGCGACUUUUAACGGAGUUGUUGCUCAAUCAUAGCAUUGAAGGUCUGAAACGGUCCAAGCUAUAAAACUUGAACAUCCACUCUGAGCUUCUCUGUUUCCUUGGACACAAUUAUGACUCAGAACCAGGCAGAUAUUCUUCAUAUGCUCUUUAUUGUAGACCUCUAAUUAAACAAAUAUUUUAUCCAACAAAAUGUAUGAGUUUAAAUAUGAAAGAUUUCUUUUUUUCUGUUUAGUAACUUCUGCCGCUUUGCUCCUGAUUCCCUUCUGUCCAUUCAGUUAAGCCCAGACGUAGAUGGAUCUAAUCUAGAGUCGUAUUAAUCAGCUGAUUAUGUUGAACAUUUAAAUUUACAGCCCUUUAGUUCACUUUAUGAAAUAAACUGGUUAUUUGGUUCCUGGCGUCAGUCUGAGGAUCCCGACCGUAAUUAUCAGGGCCGACGCUCCUGCUGUAGUAUUUUUUUUUAUCUACAGGAACUGUAGGAACAACGUUAAGCCAUUGAGGAAGGUUUUAUCAGCCUGUCCUUCAUCACACAGCCACACCUCCUGGGUUUAAUGUUUUUACAACAUGAAUAACAUGUCUGGAAGUUCAGCAAUGUUCCAAACGGCUACAGGUUGUUUUGGAAGCAUGGAUAGAACCAGCUAAUCUCACCUGGACCUGGUUUCCCUCUGAUGUUUUAGAGGAAUUUUUAAAUGUCGCACAAACUGAUGUUUUUUUCUUUUAUGGUUUGUAUUUAAGAAUUAAGAUGGACUCAGCUUGGAAGAGUCUCGGUAUCGAUGAUUGUUGGAAACAUCCAUGAAGAUAAUGGAAACUGUUUUCAACUCCUCAGUCCCAUGAUUAAAAUGUAUUGGCACAGAAAA